CAUUUCCCCGGGCUGUGGGAAGAAACAAGGCCCGCGCUCUGAGGCGGAGCGGAGGUGGGGCUUCUCGCCGCGCUCCAGCUCGAUUGGCCGGCCUCCCGCGGCGCGGUAACGGUCGCGGGGGCGGAGCCAGAGGGGGCUGAGUUGGGCCGGGCCGGGCGUGCUGCUGGGGAAGGCCGCGGCGGAGGAAGAUGAAGAUCCAGUUUCAGACGUGAGACUCACUGGGUGAUCAUUUCAUUGAGAUCAACUUGAAUGACUAGGUGAAAAGUGCAAGAGGAAUGUGCUAUGACUGAGUGCUACAAGAACAUAUAACACGAGGACCUGAUCUGGUCAUGGGAUUAGGGACGUUUUUCCUGAAGAAAGAAAUCUGAGUCAGGAUCUUAAGGCAACGUGAAUAUUUUUUCUUGCCAAGCUAGUUCUUCCAAUUUUACAAAAGAUACUAUUAUCUCCAGCAGCCCCUAAAGCCUAGGAGUCCAGUAAAUCAUCAAACACACUCAUGACGGAAAAACAGCGGGAAGAAGCAGAAUGGGAAAGUAUAAAUAUGCUGUUGAUGAGGCAUGGCUUAGCACCUUUAUCUCUAGUCAAAGGAACUGAUCUUAAAGAUCUCAUCGUUUUUGACAAACAGUCAUCACAAAGGAUGAGGCAGAAUUUGAAAACAUUGGUGGAAGAAACAACACGCCAACAGAACAUGAUCCAGGAACUCAUAGAAACUAAUCAGCAGCUUAAAAAUGAACUUCAGUUAGAACAAAGCCGAGCAGCCGAUCAUGAACAACGAGCUAAUGACUUGGAACAAAUUAUGGAGAGUGUGAAGUCCAAAAUUGAUGAACUGGAGGAUGAAUCCCUAAAUAGGGUUUGCCAGCAACAGAAUAUAAUAGAUGAUCUUCAAAAGGAGUGUAGAGCUUUACAGGCAAAAUGUCAACACUAUAAGAAAAAACGAAUGGAACAACAAGAGACUAUUGCUUCUUUGCAAAAGGAUAUUUAUAGAUUAACAAAGGAGGAGGAAGAACGGAUUGUCACUCAAAACAGAGUGUUUGCUUAUCUCUGCAAAAGAGUUCCUCAUACCAUCUUGGAUCGACAGUUGCUUUGCCUAAUUGAUUACUAUGAAUGUAAAAUAAGGAAAUUGCAUAAACAAAGGCAAUAUAAAGAAAAUGAAAGUCUGUCAGAAGAAGAAAAGGACUAUAGAAGUUUGGAUGCCUCACCAACUUAUAAAGGCCUUCUAAUGUCAUUACAGAAUCAACUCAAGGAAUCGAAAUCCAAGAUUGAUGCACUUUUAAGUGAAAAGCUGAAUCUCCAAAAAGAUUUAGAAACCAGGCCCACACAGCAUGAAUUAAGACUUUAUAAACAACAGGUGAAGAAACUGGAGAAAGCCCUUAAGAAAAACAUCAAAUUACAGGAUCUUAUCAGUCAAAAAAAGGCAGAGGAGCCAGAAAAACCGGAUGAACCCAGCAAAGAUAACCCGCAGCAGGCCCUAAUUGACCAGAGAUACUUUCAGGUUCUGAAUAGCAUCAAUUCAAUUGUUCAUAAUCCAAGAGCUCCAGUAAUAAUUUAUAAACAGAGCAAAGGAGGAACCCAACAUUUUAAUAAAGAUCUUGUUCAGGAUUGUGGAUUUGAGCAUCUUAUUCCUAUAAUAGAAAUGUGGGCAGAUCAACUGACUUCCUUAAAGGAUUUGUAUAAGUCCUUGAAAAUACUAUCUGCAGAACUGGUACCUUGGCAUAAUUUUAAAAAGCAGGAUGAAAAUGAAGGUAUCAGAAUUGAAGAUCUGUUGUUUAUAGUAGAUACCAUGUUAGAAGAAGUUGAAAAUAAGGAAAAGGACAGCAAUGUGCCAAACUUAAAAACUUUGCAAGCUAUUGUUUCUCACUUCCAAAAGCUAUUUGAUGUGCCUUCUUUAAAUGGAGUCUAUCCUCGAAUGAAUGAAGUUUAUACUAGGCUUGGAGAAAUGAACAAUGCUGUGAGAAACCUCCAAGAACUCUUAGAAUUAGAUAGUUCAUCCUCAUUGUGUGUGUUGGUGAACACAGUUGGAAAAUUGUGUAAACUGAUUAAUGAGAAUGUGAAUGAACAGGUUAUGCAGGUAUUGGGACCUGAAGACCUCCAAAGCAUUAUCAACAAACUGGAAGAACACGAGGAAUUUUUCCCAGCAUUUCAGGCAUUUACUAAUGAUCUACUUGAAAUCUUAGAAAUUGAUGACUUGGAUGCCAUUGUACCUGCAGUAAAGAAAUUAAAAAUACUUUCAUACUGAAAACAAAUCAAAUCAUUUUUACUGUGUAAAUUGCAUUCUUAACAUUCUGAGUAUUUUGUAGGAUCUUGCUUUGAGAUAAAGGUUAUAAAUGUAUUUACUCUCAGAAUUCAUCCCCUUCUUAGUAUUGGGUCCUUCCCAUCUAUAUUUUCAUUAACUUUGAGAUUCUUAUAUAGAAAACAUUGUAAGCUAAAGUGGUAAGCAUUUCUUCAGUGCUUAAAGUUUAAGACUGUUUUAAAGUGUAGUGUAUGAGUAAAACAGAAACUCAGAUUGCAGAUAAUAAAAAGGUUGUAUUUAGGUUGAGGUUUUAGUGACCUUUUUGAUUCUGGGAACAAGGAUUCCCUGUGGCUCUCUUGAAUUCAGCCAAUAAGAACCUUCUGCUUCCUGGCAAGGAAAUGGCACAUUCUGUUAAGAUAACCCUCAGGGCACUGCCUUUUCAAAGCAGGAGGAAGAAAAGGAUGAAGGAAAAAAUGUUUUAUCAUUGUGUUAGGAUAGGAAAUGAAUUAUGAGGUAAUAUAAAUGAGCAGAUAGUAGUCUCUCAUUUAAAAUAUCUUUUUACAAUCUUGAUGUAAUAUACUUUUUAUAAGGACAUGAAAUCUUAAAUAAAGUUUUUGUGAAGAAUUUCCAAAUAUAAGUGUCCUCAGUGACUUAUUUAUAUUAUGCACAAAUAAUGAAUCAUAUUUUCUUACAAGGCUGAGCCUUGCUGCAUUUUAUUUUAUGUGAGAAUACUUUCCUUGCUGCCUUCUGCUGCUUCUCUGUUCUCAAUAUUCAGUCUGAUUUUUUAAGGGACCAAUGUUACUAACCCCCCCCCCAUUCUUUUAUAAGU